ACGAUGGCGGCGACGCUGCGGAUCCAGAGCGACUGGAGCCGGGCGUUGAGCAGGGACGAGGGCGAGGCCUGGCUGAGCUGCCGCAGCCCUGGGAAGCCCACCCUGUAUGGCAGCGUCACCCGGCGUGGGCUCAGCUCCGACGGCAUCCCAGACAUCGUGGCCUCCGAGGGAUUCGUGGUCGGGGAAGUCACCAAGAAAAGCAUCCUCAUUUCCUGUCCUCAUGAAAAUGUGUCCACAAAGUUCCUGGCUCCAUACACAAGUUUUUCUAGGAUUCAUCAGAAAAGUAUUACCUGCCUUGAUAUUUCCAGUGGUGGAGGACUCGGUGUGUCUACCAGCACGGAUGGGACCAUGAAAAUAUGGCAGGCUGCAAAUGGAGAAAUAAGAAGACUUUUGGAAGGCCAUGUGUAUGAUGUGAAUUGUUGCAGGUUUUUCCCAUCGGGCCUCGUGGUUCUGAGUGGGGGAAUGGAUGCCCAGCUAAAGAUCUGGUCAGCAGAAGAUGCCAGCUGUGUAGUAACAUUUAAAGGUCACAAAGCAGGUAUUUUGGACACUGCCAUUGUGGAUCGGGGAAGAAAUGUCCUGUCCUGCUCCAGGGAUGGCACUGCCCGUCUCUGGGACUGUGGGAAAUCUGCCUGCCUGGGCGUCAUUGCUGACUCUGGCUCUCCCAUCAAUGGCAUUGCUGUGGGCACUGCUGACAACUCCCUGAACCUGGGCACACCUGAGAAACCUCCCAGUGAACGUGAGGUCGGGACAGAAGGGAAAAUCCUGCUGCUGGCUCGAGAGGACAAGAAGCUUCAAGGAGUGGGACUGCAGAGCAGGCAGCCAGUGUUCCUCUUUGUUGGAUCUGAUGCCUUCAACUGCUGCACGUUCCUGUCAAGCACCUACUUUCUGGCAGGGACUCAGGAUGGGAACAUCUACCAGCUGGAUGUGAGAAACACAAAUACUCCAAUCCAGGUGAUCCAUAGAUCAGGAGCACCAGUGCUUUCCCUGCUCCCAUACCGAGAUGGAUUUGUUGCCAGCCAAGGGGAUGGCACCUGCUUCAUUGUUCAGCAAGACCUGGAUUAUGUCCUGGAUCUCACCGAGGCUGACUGCGACCCCGUGUACAAGGUGGCUUCUUGGGAGAAGGAAAUCUACACGUGCUGCAGGGAUGGGAUAGUGAGGAGAUACCAACUUUCUGACCUUUAAGUGGUUGAAGGGGCCAUAUAAAGGAGAAUCGUGUCGGAAAGGCUCUUCCAGGCUCAUUUUCCCAGGAUGUGUAUGUACGAGUUUGAGGUGGUUGUCAUGAUCAGGCUCCGUACACAGUGUUUUUGUAGCAGGUCGUAUUUUUUUUUUCCUACUGCACAACUGGGAUCAAUUUUUAAUGUGGAGAGGAUCUUGUGUUGCAAUGAUGUUGUGGUUGCAUUUCUAGUGCUGAAAAAAAUGCUGUUUGUACUGGGGGGAAAUAAAUAAAUUAAGGGGAAGAGGGGCGUGCAGUGAAAGUGACUGUCACAGUAUGGAGUGAAAUAAACCGCUGCUUUGAUA